AUGGAGAAAUUGUCCGUUUACCAUGGAGCAAUUGGUAUGAAGGAGGGGGAGAGGCAACUGGCGCUGGAUGGACGAGAUGGAUGCUACUUGAUACGAAACAGCGAUUCUGUACCAGGCAUCUACUGCCUCUGUGUGCUGUGCCAAGGAGUUGUCUACACAUAUAGACUUUACAAGCAUGAUGGCGGUUCAUGGGCUGCAGAGAGCGUUCCCGGUGUACCAAAACGGCAUUUCCGUAAAAUCACCAACUUGAUAGCAGCUUUCCAGCAACCCGGACAAGGAAUCGCCAUGCCUCUGCUUUACCCUGUCAUUGCCCAGAGACGGGCGUAAACACACACAGCGGUGUGGACACCCAGUAAUAGCCUGUCACCAACAUAAGGCAGCUCGAGUACUCUGCUUCAGCUGUCGGGUGCUGCUAAGAAACACAAAAUUGAAAAAGAAAACCUCAUGGAGAAUCUUGGUUAG